AUGAUGCCCAAACUUUGCUUCCUAGGCCUCCUCAUCAAGUUCUUCUUGACCAGUGGAGGAGAGACUCAGCCAACCCAUGAAUCGCUGAAACCCCAAAAGGUCCGAUUUCAGUCCAGAAAUUUCCACAAUAUUUUGCGCUGGCAGCCUGGGAUCAUGCUCGCUGGAAACAGCAGCAUCUACUUUGUGCAGUAUAAGAUGUAUGGACAGCCACAAUGGAAAAAUAAGCAGGAAUGUUGGGGGACACCAGCACUCUAUUGUGACCUUACCAAUGAAACCUCAGACCUGCGGGAGCCUUACUACGGGAGGGUGAAAGCAGUAUUGGCUAGAACCAACUCUGACUGGGUCAUGACUCCACGCUUCACCCCAUGGUGGGAAACACAAAUAGAUCCUCCAGCUGUGACUGUAACCAGAGUUAAUGCAUCUUUGCUGGUGGUUCUCCACGCUCCAGAUUUGCCAUAUAGAGGCCAAAAUGGAAGCAAUGAAUCUAUGGAAAAUUACUAUGACUUAGUAUACCGAGUUUUCAAAAUUAACAAGUCGGUAGGAAAGGAGCAGAAAGUAUAUGAAGGGGCUCAGAGAGUUGUUGAAACUGAAGUUCUGACACCUCGCUCCAGCUAUUGUGUAGUGGCUGAAAUAUACCGUCCCAUUUUAGACAAAAGAAGCCAGAGAAGUAAAGAGAAAUGUGUGCAGAUUCCAUGA